UAAAAAGCAAGGCAAUAUUCGUUAUCGCAGGGAUGGCCGAGUCGGGAUAUUAUUAGAAUCAUCCCUAGAUCUCCGCAAAAGAACUGAAUAAACGAUUCCAUCUCAAAUUCUUGCAAUUUAUGCUGCCUAGAGCAGACUUUUAUUUGCCGCGCGUUUUCAUACAAUAAGGUAGGUAGGUAAGCCAGACGUUAACACUUGCUACUGCCACCUAUUGCGUAAGGCUGCACAGUAAUCCAGGGGGCUGUGCCGGGCGGAAAAUUGUCGGCGUUUCGUCACCCGUCAGGCACCAGAUCAUCACUGAACACAACCUCCCAAGUCCAGUCGUCUCCAGCCACACCAAACCUACCUAAGCUUCCAGACUCUCCUUUGGAAUUAAACUUCGCAUUUUCUUCUCUGGCUUUUUCACACCAGAGAGGCCUUAAAUUAUUCAACACGGGAUUAAUCUUCUGAUGCCCGUAUAGAUACAAAUCCAAUACUAACCAUCUCUCUCGCUUCCCCCCUCCCCACUCCCCCCCAUAAGUCGCACAUCAUGGUAUGGUGCCAAUCCUCAAUAUCGGCGUCUUUUUUGACUGACAACUUUUACUCAACUCUCAGGGAAUAUCAAGACGCCCUAAGAACAAGGGCGCCGGUGCAGCCGCGGACGGCGCAAGCGGAGGCGCGAAGCCUAAGAAGGCCACCUUUGAGACAACCAAGAAGAAGGAGAUUGGUGUCUCCGAUCUGACCCUGCUGAGCAAAGUCUCCAACGAAGCCAUCAACGAGAAUUUAAAGAAGCGAUUCGAGGGCCGCGAAAUUUAUACCUACAUUGGCCAUGUGUUGGUCUCAGUCAACCCUUUCAGGGACCUGGGCAUUUAUACCGACCAGGUCCUCGAGAGCUACAUGGGCAAGAACCGACUCGAGAUGCCACCGCACGUCUUCGCUAUCGCCGAGGCCUCAUACUACAACAUGAAGGCAUACAGCGACAACCAGUGUGUCAUUAUUCAGGAGAGUCAGGAGCCGGAAAGACCGAGGCGGCCAAGCGCAUCAUGCAGUACAUUGCUAGUGUGUCUGGUGGAGAAUCCGGAGACAUCAAGCAGAUCAAGGACAUGGUGCUGGCAACCAAUCCCCUACUAGAAUCUUUCGGAAACGCAAAAACCCUUCGAAACAACAAUUCCUCGCGUUUCGGCAAGUAUCUACAGAUCUACUUCAACGCCCAGGGCGAACCCGUGGGUGCCGACAUCACAAACUACCUCCUGGAAAAGUCACGAGUGGUGGGCCAGAUCACGAACGAGCGGAACUUCCAUAUCUUUUACCAAUUCGCGAAGGGCGCCUCACAACAAUACCGAGAAACAUUCGGCGUUCAAAAACCCGAGACCUACGUCUAUACCAGCCGAUCAAAAUGCUUGGACGUAGACGGUAUCGACGAUCUCGCCGAGUUUCAGGACACGCUUAAUGCCAUGAAGGUUAUUGGCCUUACUCAGGCUGAGCAAGAUGAAAUUUUUCGAAUGCUGGCGGCUAUUCUAUGGGUUGGAAAUAUCCAGUUUCAGGAGGAUCAGGGCGGCUACGCAGAGGUUAUCGAUCGAUCAGUGGUUGACUUUGCCGCCUACCUGUUAGAAGUUACCCCUGACCAGCUCAUCAGCGGUAUCACAAUCCGAAUCCUGACACCUCGAAAUGGCGAAGUUAUCGAAUCGCCAGCCAACCCUGCCCAAGCACAGGCUACCCGGGAUGCUCUAGCAAUGGCCAUCUACAGCAACCUCUUCGACUGGAUCGUCGAGCGCAUCAACAAGUCUCUCAAGGCGAGGCAACCGACAACCAAUACAAUCGGUAUUCUGGAUAUCUACGGAUUUGAGAUUUUCGAGAAGAACACUUUCGAGCAGUUGUGCAUCAACUACGUCAACGAGAAGUUGCAACAGAUCUUCAUUCAACUGACUCUCAAGGCUGAGCAGGAGGAAUAUGCCAGGGAACAGAUUCAAUGGACCCCCAUCAAGUACUUCGAUAACAAGAUUGUGUGUGACCUUAUCGAACAGAUCCGGCCAGUUGGUAUCUUCUCUGCUAUGAAGGAUGCCACCAAGACUGCACACGCUGACCCCGCUGCUUGCGAUCGCACAUUCAUGCAGAGUAUCAACGGCAUGUCUCACGCCCAUCUUACCCCUCGUCAAGGAAACUUCAUCAUCAAGCAUUACGCUGGUGAUGUCACGUAUACUGUCGAAGGUAUUACGGAUAAGAACAAGGAUCAGCUUCUCAAGGGGCUUUUGAAUCUCUUCCAGCACAGUGGAAACCAAUUUGUUCAUACCCUGUUCCCUCGGCCUGUUGACCAAGAUAACCGAAAGCAACCUCCUUCUGCAGGCGAUCGCAUCCGAGCUUCCGCCAAUGCCCUGGUCGAGACGUUGAUGAAGUGUCAGCCCUCAUAUAUCCGUACCAUCAAGCCCAAUGAGAACAAGUCGCCAACAGAAUAUAACAGCCCCAAUGUAUUGCAUCAGAUCAAGUAUCUUGGCCUUCAAGAAAACGUUCGAAUUCGUCGUGCCGGUUUUGCUUACCGUCAAGAUUUUGACAAGUUCGUUGACCGAUUCUUCCUCUUGUCUCCUGCUACCUCAUACGCUGGUGAAUUCACUUGGGAGGGAACAACUGAGGCUGCCGUAAAGCAGAUUCUCAAGGAUACCAGCAUUCCUAAGGAAGAGUGGCAAAUGGGUGUCACCAAGGCCUUCAUCAAAGCGCCAGAGACGCUCUUUGCCCUCGAGCAUAUGAGAGACAGAUAUUGGCACAACAUGGCUACGCGAAUCCAGCGCAUGUGGAGGGCUUACCUCGCCUACCGAGCCGAGUCGGCGACCCGAAUUCAGCGAUUCUGGCGAAAGAAGCGAACCGGAGCAGAGUACCUUCAGCUUCGUGACCAUGGCCACCAGGUUCUUGGAGGUCGCAAGGAGAGACGCCGUAUGAGUCUGUUGGGUUCCCGACGAUUCCUUGGCGACUACCUGGGUGUCAAUGCAAGCACCGGCCCUGGAGCCCAGAUUCGCAACGCUGCCAGUAUUGGUACAAACGAAAAGGCGGUAUUUUCAUGCCGUGCUGAGAUUCUGGAGGCCAAAUUUGGUCGAUCCAGUAAAGCAAGCCCUCGAAUUAUCGUCGUCACUACCAACAAGUUCUACAUCAUUGCUCAAAUGCUUGUGAAUGGCCACCCACAAAUCUCAGUUGAGAAAGCAGUGCCUUUGGGAGCCAUUAAGUUCAUCGGUGCCUCAUCAGCGCGCGAUGAUUGGUUCUCGCUUGGCAUUGGCUCCCCUCAGGAACCUGACCCCUUGAUGAAUUGUAUGUUCAAGACAGAAAUGUUUACUCAGAUGCAGCGAGUGAUGCCCGGUGGAUUCAACCUUAAGAUCGCUGAGACAAUCGAGUAUGCCAAGAAGCCCGGCAAGAUGCAGCAGGUUAAGGUCUUGAAGGAUUCACAGCUUCCAGUUGAUUACUACAAGAGUGGUGCUGUUCACACGCAGCCCGGUGAGCCACCGAGCUCCAUCUCUAGACCUACACCCAAGGGCAAGCCUGUACCUCCUCGCCCCAUCACUCGAGGUAAGCUUAUCAAGCCUGGUGGCCCUAACGGUCGACCUUCUCGCAUCCAAGGCAAUCGAACUGCCAAGCCUAGACCAGGGGCAGGUCGUGCCGUGCCUCAACCACCAGCUGCUGUCUCCAAUAUUGCUGCUGUUCCCGCUGCCGCCACCCAAAGCACUUCUCGUAUCGCUCCUCGUCCUGGUGCGAACGCUGCUGCUCCAGUUCCUGCUGCCCACAACGCUCUCCCAAGCCACACUCGCAAUGCUAGUGGCGCUGGACGUGCACCCCCACCACCGCCUCCUCCUGCUGCCGCAGCACGUCCACCAAGCCCGCCCAAGGUGAUGGCCAAGGUCUUGUAUGACUUUGCUGGACAACGAGAAAACGAGCUCACUAUCACUGCUAAUGAGAUCGUUGAGAUUGUGCAGAAGGAAUCCAAUGGUUGGUGGUUAGCCAAGAACCCUCAAACGGCACAACAGGCUUGGGUCCCUGCAGCUUAUGUCGAGGAACAAGCUCCACCUGCACCUCGAGCUCCUCCGGCUCCUCCGCGAUCCAAGCCAACACCCCCUGCGCCCCCAGCCAAGCGCCCUGCUGCUAACCGUAAGCCUGCCGAGCUUCAGCAGCGCGACUCUGGCAUGAGCCUCAAUACGCCCAAUGGAGGAGAUAGCCGCAGCAGCACACCGACACCCAGCUUGGGUGGUAGCUUGGCAGAUGCUCUGCUGGCUAGAAAGAAUGCUAUGCAAAAGGAAAAGGAGGAUGACGACGACUGGUAGUCGACAUAACGAGUUUAUGCUUCACGAAGUUACUAAGGAGUCGAAAAGAACUUUGACGAGACAAUCUCGAUGGGUUAGACUUUUGCACCUGCAUUACUUAACACAAAUCGCAGCGCGCAAGAGAAGAGGAGGGAUGAUAUAUGACAGUGUGUGCUUUCUUCUGUUGUAUACAAACGAACAAGACUGUGCUGGGCAACCGAGGUGUGUAGAAAGCCGCAAAGAAAUCACGGCCGAGUUUGGUUUUGGUUUUCUUUUCUUGAUGCUUUAGGCAAGCGUUUGUAGGAAGGGUCGUUCUGGGACGGACUGAUGAACGAAGAUAUUCAUAUUCAUUGCAAGAAGAUUACAGAUUUUUAGAAGGGGUUAAAUACUUUGACUUUGAACUUUAAUGCUCUAUUAUACAUGUCAUGUCAUCUAAUCGUCUGAAAUAUCUCGCUGGAGCACUUUUCGUCUUCUCAUGAGCUCGGCUAGGGGCACAUCUUCGUCUGCUGCCUCCGCUUCUGACUCUUCCUCAUCAACACCAUAAUCUCGCAGUCUAUCGCCAUCCGAGUUCACCCAUCCAAGAUCUUGAUCGAAUUCACGGUCAUACUCUUCAUCGUCAUACAUAUCAUAGUCAUCAACCUCUUCAAGUUCCGCCAUGAGAUGUCUCUUGCGUUUCUCAUCGUCGGCCUUUCGCUUGAGAAACUCAGCCUUGAACUCGCUGGAGCUCAUGCUCGCCUGGCGAAGCUCCUCAGCGUAGUCACGAUUUGCGGCAGGCCAACCUCUUGCAG